GGAAGAGGUAAUUACCUUGUAUUUAUUAACAUUUAUACUGCUGAAAGCCCAUGGACGCGCUUAUAUUUGUGUUGUUGAUAUAGCCAAGGUGAGCCUAAAGGCACGAGUGGACAUUCCAUAAGAGAGAAAAAAAUGUCCCACUGGCGCGACCACGGCCCGCUCCCGUGCAAAGUCUACGUGGGCAACCUGGGAUCAGGCGCGGCCAAGCAUGAGCUGGAGAGGGCCUUUGAGACGUACGGCCCGUUGAUCAACGUCUGGGUGGCACGCAACCCGCCGGGGUUUGCCUAUGUGGAGUUUCAGGACCCCCGCGAUGCCCAAGAUGCCGUGAGGGGGCUGGACGGCAGGAGAGUGUGCGGGUGUCGUGUCCGGGUCGAGAUGGCCAAGGGGCGGUAUGACGGCCGUUCCGGGGGGCGGUCUGGGGGCUACCGUGGGGCCCCUCCCCCAUCGCGAUAUCGAUACAGCGGCGGCAGAUACGGUUCUCCACCCCGAAGGGAUCGUUACAGCCGGUCUAGAAGCCGUAGCGUAGAAAGGAGACGUCGCCGCUCGAGUCGUCGUUCGCAUUCCCGAUCCAGGGACCGACGCUACAGGUCGCGGUCCCACGAGCGCCGAUCGCGCUCCUAUGAGCGCAGGUCACGGUCCAGGUCUCGUGACCACUACCACUCCAAAUCCAGGUCCCGCAGUGGCUCACGGGACCGGAAAGAAAGGUCGCGGUCCCACUCACGCUCCCGGUCACGAUCCUCCAGUCAGGAGCGGCGCCGGUCCCGCUCGCCUGGCUACCGGCGGGACGAGGACGAGCCUGAGCAAGCCAGGAGCCGGUCGCGGUCGCCGGGCCCGGAGUGGGACGACCGAGAGCAGCGCCGGGAUGUCAACGGUGACGGACAAAAGGACGGUUACUCCCCUGAGAGGGAAGAAAUGGGUGCAGAGUAAAGGACUGGUGUGACCGUUUUUGUCUGGGAGCAUCCAUUUUGUUGGGUAGGGGGGUUUUGUUGCGUGAGUGGGUUUUUCUCAUCGGAUGACUAGGUAUGUCAGUAUCAGGGAGUGUCUUGAUCUUGCAAGGCUUGAAUGUUCUAUUGCAGGGUGUAAAAAGCUUGGGUGCAAAGUUUAGUUCGACCACUUGUCACGUGCUUUGUAACAAAUCGAAUCACCCUAGUUGAACCAUUCUGUAAAAUCUUAGUGGCUCACAUUUUGCCGUCAGCUGUAGUUCUCAUGACGUGCGUGGUAAUUGGCAUCUCCCACAAUUAUUUUUUGUGAAUGGUUCCCUCCACAGUGAUGGCUUAAAUUGGCUUUCGAUAACCGGUGCAUCUAUGCCCCCAGAGCUUAGUUCCAAAUGGUCAACUAGAUGGUCCAAACUAUCCAUUGUUUGGGCCACGCUGGUCAAGCUAUAGCCCACUACAGUCAUCCUCAAAUUUGCCUGUAACAGGGAACCAGUUGCAAAACAUGCUCAGCGCAUGACAUAUUUGGGUGGUAACCUAUUUUGGCCAAGCUGGUACAUGUACUUUCAAUGGUUAGCACAUUUCUGUGCUUACCGUCUGUGUGAAAUUGGGGCCCAAUUGGAUGGCUUUGCUUAUCCACAGAAUUCUGUGCUUAUGUUCCACGUUCUCUGCUUACGACCAACGUUCUGUUCUUACAGUCAUCAGUCUCUGCUUACCCUUAGUUAGUUAUGCGUGCGCAUUACAAAAUUAUUUCCGCUUACCUGUGAAAUGCACUCCAGCAACUCUGCUAUGGUUAACUGCGGGUUUUUAGGCUCCAAGAAUAUGACUAGAUUUGGCCUCGCUCUCAGUGCCUUCGACCAGCGGUUGAGUUUGCCCAGUACCCAGGAUGUUAAAGUUGUGCACGAGGUUACCAGGGAAAAUUUAUUCGUGGUUAACAAAUGGUUGCCUCCCAAAUUUGCCCAAUGUACGUUCUUUUCUUUUUUGGAUUGUCCACCCUUAUUUUGAAGGGCUCUACUCUAAAUGAAAAACAAACAUUUCAAAUUUUGGGGCACUUUCAGUUUCAUACGUCGUUGCAUGUUACUGUUUUGUUCUUGAUUUUCAAGGUCUUGCCUCAAGAUUUGGACAAAAGCCAGGGAAUGACCAGUGUACCUUUGUUUUUCUUUUAAGAUGUAUGAAUGAGUAAAGGCUAGUUUGUACUUGGAGUGAAUUUUCAGCAUGCGGAAAAGUCAUGAUGGUAGACGAGAUAGCGGAAGCCCAAGGAUUGAAGAUACAAAAUUUCAAUGCCUUUUGCUUUUCACGUGAAGCAUGAGCCGGCGCAAAUGAUGAACUUUUAUUUGUUUGGAUUUGGUAGAUUUCUCAAAUAUUUUUAAACGGAUGCUUGGUAUUUUUGGUUGUUCUUUUAAACUUUGAUUGUAGAUCGACUCGUGUACAUGUGGUAAAGCUGAUUUUUAUUUUGUGAAACAAGAAAAAUGUACAUAAAAUGACAAGGGGCAUACAUGUUCGUAGAGAACAUUUUGUCACGAGAUCAACUUCCCGAAAUGUGGCCCAUUCCAAACAGAACGAUUCAUAAGUUGCCAUGGCAGGCUUUGAGUGACGGGACUUCUAAAGAAUUUGCACCGUAAAACGCCACGUGAUGCCUGAGCUUUUGGGCCUGAAAUUUUCCUUUCAUUACCCUGGACUGCCUUGGGAGGUGUUAUUGAUCGAUAAAGUCAGGCCCUCGGGUGGUCUGGCAAGAUGUAAGCUCUCCAAUCUGAAGUGAGCUUGCAGCCUACAAGACGACGGAGAGAGGCCCCCCCCCCACCUUUGUGUUGGUUAUUGUUUGAUCAGAAUCUCAGGAAUUCUUUAUAGACUUCUAGGGGAAUGUGUUAGGGAUUGGACAGGUAAGGGGGGUACCCCUCCGUCCCAUAUCUUGCCUGGUAUAUGCAGCCAGUGCGCAGUUUCAUUCAGCCGCCAGGCAACUUUCAUCAAAGCCGACUGGAGCUUUCGAUCAACUCGGUGGGAACGACAACCUGGUACGGUACAUGUAUGGUCCAGAGGCUGGCAGCGGAGAGCCCGCAGUUGAAAGCGAGGGCUUCCAUACUUCGGAGAAGUUUUGCCCUCAUAGACGUUCGUGGAUUUUAUGGUUUUUCUUUCUGUUGUUAUAGGCAUGUAGAUACAUGUAAUAGUAGUAUUUGUGAUGAUUAUGUUCAUGCAGGAAAAUGGUGUUGCUUUCAGGACAGAAAUGAAAUCGUUUGGUGGAGUUAGGAGGAUUGAAAUGUUUAAUAAAUCUUUUCUUUUUACUUGAGAAUUGGAAUUGUAGAAUUGCAAAUAAGGAUUUUUUAAAUUGGUUUUGAACAGAACUGAAGACUGCAUUCAGUUGUCGAGUUUGAAGUUUUGGUCUCUGAAAGUCGGCCACGGUGGAGCGUUGCCGUCGGUGUUUAGUGCAGAGGCGAUGCUGUUGUUAAUUCGGGCCCAGAAAUGCGUGCCAAGCAAAAACAGAUUCCUGGCUAAAAGGCCUCGAGUACGCAAGCGCUCUACUCAUGGUUGGCCCUAGGCAAUCGAUACUUGGUGGCGAAACCACCAUCCUCUACAGAAUCAGACGCAUCAUGGAACCGGGUCAAGUCAACCAGAGUGUUAACCGGACUGAUAGACCACAACACCGAGGAGGAGAGGAAAGUUAAAUAAGCAAGGUCUUGGAGGAAAGACUAGAUUUAACUGAGAUAUCUGAGGAUUUUCAUUGCUUGUGUUUAUAUCCUGUAACGAUUCUUACGAGUUUGGUGAUGGCGUUUGCAAAAGUGUAAAACCUGAAACCUUCCGAUAUUUUUCAAUAUCCACCAAGAAUGGCCGAUUCUCAAAUGUUACAUGGAUUGUACUUAAUGUUUGAAUGUUGUUAAAUCCUGUUGUAUUGGCUGUGUCAAUUACAAGGAAUAAUAAAAACGGACCGUACGACUUUAUGUACAAACAUUA